AUUUUUUUAAUUAAUUUUUGGAAAAUCUGUCAAAGCUGAUCCCAUCAUCAUCAUCAUCAUCGAGACAUCAACUUUGAGCUUCCAUUGGCUUCAAUCUCAAAUCCUUUUAUUCCUCAACAAUCUCAGUAGAGAUGCAAGGGUUUUCCGAUGGUGGCGCCGAUUUGGGGCAGCUUCAAACAACCAUGCACCACAUCGAAGUCGCUUGCGCUUCGAUUCAGAUGCAUAUAAAUCCAGCGGCGGCAGAGGCAACAAUAUUGGCAUUAUCACAGUCUCCUCAACCGUACACGGCAUGUCGAUUUAUCCUUGAAAAUUCUCAGGUGCCAAAUGCCAGGUUUCAGGCUGCUGCAGCCAUUCGAGAUGCAGCUAUCAGAGAAUGGAGUUCUCUUUCCACUGAAGAAAGGAGAAGUUUGAUUAGUUUCUGUCUGUGCUUUGUUAUGCAACAUGCUAGUUUACUAGAGGGCUAUGUCCUAGCAAAGGUGUCUUCUGUGGCUGCUCAAUUGAUGAAAAGAGGCUGGCUUGAUUUUACCGAGACUGAGAAGGAGGCAUUCUUUUAUCAGGUUAAUCAGGCCAUUCUUGGUGCUCACGGGGUUGAUGUACAGUUCAUAGGAGUGAAUUUCUUGGAAUCUUUGGUUUCUGAAUUUUCACCUUCUACUUCUAGUGCCAUGGGUCUUCCUAGGGAAUUUCAUGAGCAGUGUCGGACAUCAUUAGAGCUAAACUAUUUGAAGAUGUUCUACUGUUGGGCUCGGGAUGCUGCUUUAAGCGUCACAAACAAGAUAAUAGAACCUAAUUCUGUGAUACCUGAGGUUAAAGUUUGUACUGCUGCAUUGCGACUCAUGCUUCAAAUUCUGAACUGGGAGUUUCGAAAUGAUACGACCAGUAUGAAAGCUGGUAUUGAUGUUUUUUCAGCUGGAGUUAGACAUGACAGUGCUUCAUCUAAGAGGUCUGAAUGUGUCUUAGUGCAGCCUGGGCCUGCAUGGUUUGAUGUUUUAAUCUCAAGUGGACAUGUUAGCUGGCUGCUCAGCUUAUAUGCAGCUCUUAGACGGAAGUUUUCCCGUGAAGGUUACUGGAUUGACUGCCCUAUUGCAGUCUCAGCUCGAAAACUAAUUGUACAGUUAUGCUCUCUGACAGGAACUAUAUUUCCUUCUGAUAACGGGAAAAUGCAAGAGAAUCAUUUGCUACAAUUGCUAUCUGGUAUAUUACAGUGGAUAGAUCCUCCUGAUGUUGUUUCAAAAGGCAUCGAAGAGGGGAAAAGUGAAAGUGAAAUGCUUGAUGGUUGCCGUGCAUUGCUAUCUAUUGCAACUGCUACGACUCCUUUUGUGUUUGAUCAACUCUUGAAAUCCAUAAGGCCUUAUGGUACUCUUACCUUGCUGUCCACCUUGAUGUGUGAAGUUGUUAAAGUUCUGAUGACUAAUAACACUGAUGAGGAGACUUGGAGCUGGGAGGCCCGAGAUAUCUUGUUAGAUACAUGGACUAUUCUACUUGUGCCUACUGAUGGUAAUGGUGAUGAUGCAUUGCUUCCUCCGGAAGGGAAACAUGCUGCUGCAAAUCUCUUUGCCAUGAUCGUAGAGUCUGAGCUAAAAGUAGCUUCUGCUUCAGUAGCAAAUGAUGAUGGUGAUUCUGACUAUCUACAGGCUUCUAUUUCUGCAAUGGAUGAAAGAUUAAGUUCUUAUGCUCUCAUUGCAAGAGCAGCAAUUGAUGCCACAAUUCCUUUGCUCACAGGAUUGUUUUCUGAACGUUUUGCACGGCUUCAUCAGGGAAGAGGCAUUAUUGAUCCUACUGAAACUUUGGAAGAACUUUACUCACUAUUAUUAAUAACUGGACAUGUACUUGCUGAUGAAGGGGAGGGAGAAACACCUUUGGUACCAACUGCCAUACAAAUUCAUUUUGUUGACAUUGUAGAAGCAGAAAAGCAUCCUGUUGUUGUUCUCUCAGGUUCAAUUAUAAGGUUUGCUGAGCAGAGCAUGGAUCCAGAAGUAAGAGCAACAGUUUUCAGUCCUCGGCUUAUGGAGGCUGUCAUAUGGUUUCUUGCAAGAUGGUCUCAUACAUACCUAAUGCCUCUCGAAGAAACUAACUGCCUUAGUAAUGAUUAUCAGCAGCAUCAGCCAAUGAACUCUAAAAAAGCUUUAUUAAGUUUUUUCGGAGAACAUAGUCAGGGACAAGUUGUUCUUGACAUUAUUGUCCGCAUCUCUGUGAUGACAUUGAUGUCAUACCCAGGGGAGAAGGAUUUGCAGGGUCUUACUUGCCACCAUCUGCUUCACACCCUAGUUCGCCGGAAAACUAUUUGUUAUCAGCUUGUCUCACUGGAGUCAUGGCGUACUCUAGCGAAUGCUUUUACAAAUGAGAAAAGUUUGUUUUUGUUGAGUUCUGCCAAUCAGCGCUCACUGGCUCAGACCCUUGUUCUCUCAGCUUCUGGACUUAGGAAUUCAGAGGCCGCAAAUCAAUAUGUAAAGGGUCUCACGGUUCAUAUGACAACGUAUCUGGUGGAGCUAUCUAGUAGAAGUGAUCUUAAAAGUGUUGCACACCAACCGGAUAUCAUCAUGUCGGUUAGUUGCUUAUUGGAGAGGCUUCGUGGAGCUGCCAGUGCUGCAGGACCUAGAAGACAAAGAGCAAUGUAUGAGAUUGGUAUCUCUGUGAUGAACCCUGUGCUACAUCUUCUUGAAGUUUACAAGGAUGAGUCUGCAGUUGUAUACCUGCUACUCAAAUUCAUUGUUGACUGGGUGGAUGGACAAAUUUCCUACCUGGAGUCUCGGGAAACGGCUGCUGUAAUUGAUUUCUGCAUGCGUUUGCUCCAGCUUUACUCAUCACACAAUAUUGGGAAGAUAUCAAUAAGUCUUUCAAGCACUUUACUCAGUGAGGCAAAGACAGAGAAAUAUAAAGAUCUGCGUGCUCUCCUUCAACUUCUUUCAAGUCUUUGUUCAAAAGAUCUGGUUGAUUUUUCUUCAGAUUCUGUUGAAGCUGCUGGCAUUAAUAUAUCUCAGGUUGUUUUCUUUGGUCUUCACAUAGUCACUCCUUUGAUAUCUUUGGAGCUGCUGAAGUACCCGAAACUUUGUCAUGAUUACUUCUCACUUCUAUCGCAUAUUUUGGAGGUAUACCCCGAAACACUUCCACAAUUAAAUAGUGAGGCAUUUGCUCAUAUCAUAGGAACUCUGGAUUUCGGUCUUCACCAUCAGGACUUAGAAGUGGUUAACAUGUGCCUGGGAGCUCUGAAAACCCUGGCUGCAUACAACUAUCAGGAGAUCUGUGCUGGUAAACCAGGUCUGGUUUCUGCAGGACAAGGAAAUUUACCAGAGGGAAUUUUCAGCCGGUUUCUACGGUCCUUAUUGCAAUUGCUCCUUUUUGAAGAUUACAGUCCUGAUCUGGUUAGCGCUGCAGCUGAUGCUCUCCUUCCGUUGAUCCUUUGCGAGCAAGGCCUAUACCAGAAAUUAGGCAAUGAGGUAAUCGAGAGGCAGACAAAUCCGGCACUCAAAUCAAGACUGGCAAAUGUGCAUUCGCUCACAAGUUCAAACCAUCUUUCUUCAAGACUAGACCGUGUUAACUACCAGAGGUUUAGGAAGAACUUAAACAGCUUUCUGGUAGAAGUUCGGGGAUUUCUGCGAACAAUAUAAACAUGAUGAUAUCCUUUACAAGCUUGCAGAUAAUUAUGCCGUAUUAUUCUUUUCAUGAUAAAAAAAUGGAAAAGAAAAGAUGAAAUCAAAAGAAAUUAUCCAUUUCUCGGAUUCUGUCAAUGCUUGUUGAUAUUCUGUAGAACUAGCUGACUUAAAAUUGAUGGGGGCAAAACAGCAUGACUGAAGAUAUGGAUUGCAGAUUUGGCAGAACAAGAGACAUGAUUGGUUUCAAUAUCUCUGAUCUUUUCUGAACUCCAACAGGCAGAUGAAGAUAUUACUUGUGGUUUGAGGUGCAUCCCUAUGAAGAUUGAAUUUUGUUCCGAUUGAUCCUCAUGGAUGUAGGCUGGAUUACCUUUUUAAAAAAAAAAAAAAUAAAUUGGUUUGUAAUGUAAUAACAUAGAAUUACAUGAAAAGCUUGCAUACAAGGUAUGGGUUGCUUGAUAGAGAGAAGAUCUAGUCUACUAUUUUGUACAAAUAUAUAGAUAAUUGAU